AUGCCUCGGCCUCGUGCGGGAAGACCGACCCUCAGUCAAGGCCUGGACCGUGAGGUCUACCAGGUCGUGCGCAAAAUUAUUGAUGAUCAGCCCGAGACCAGUCGCAUUCGUCUUUCUGUCCCGUCCGUUUUUGAACAGAUCAAAAAAUCGAAUUCGAGUUUAAACCGCAGGCCGAAAAGGCUUUUGGAAGACAGCCUGGAGCGCGUACUGGAGGUUGUCAAGGCUGAUUUGGUUGGGGACGACGAAGAAGACUCGGUGGACGGUGAUUUUGAAGGCUUGGAAGAGCCACCCGUGGUGGACACCAACGGCGUCAAUCAGAGCAUCAUCGGCAUGUGGAAUACCCCGAAGGCUUCAGCCAAGAAAUCCGAGUCGUCAGGCACAUCUUCGAAGCGAAAGAAGGAAGGCGGGGAGUCAGCCUCUAAGAGACGCAAAGCCGAGCCUAUCGACCGAUCCCCUCCUACACAUGUCAGUUUGGCGGAUUUGGGUGGCUUAGACGAUGUGGUGCAGGAAUUGGGUGAUAUGGUGAUCUUGCCCAUGACUCGGCCGCAGGUGUAUAUCUCUUCAAACGUACAGCCGCCGCGUGGAGUGCUACUACACGGUCCUCCAGGUUGUGGUAAGACCAUGAUCGCAAACGCCUUUGCUGCAGAGCUUGGUGUGCCCUUCAUCUCUAUUUCUGCCCCAUCAAUUGUGUCCGGCAUGUCAGGUGAAUCUGAGAAAGCUCUUCGCGAGCACUUCGAUGAAGCUAAGCGCAUUGCUCCUUGUCUCAUCUUCAUUGAUGAGAUUGACGCUAUCACACCAAAGCGAGAGAGCGCUCAAAGGGAGAUGGAGAAGAGAAUUGUUGCCCAACUUCUGACUUGUAUGGAUGAUAUUUCUCUUGAGAAGACGGACGGAAAGCCCGUUAUUGUCUUGGCGGCUACCAACCGUCCAGACAGUUUGGAUGCAGCAUUGCGUCGUGGUGGUCGAUUUGACAAAGAAAUUAACAUGACUGUUCCCUCAGAGCCAGUCAGAGAGCAGAUUCUCCGGGCAUUGACCCGAAAGCUGCAGCUGGCUGAUGAUCUUGACUUGAAGGCUUUGGCCAAGAAGACUCCUGGAUUCGUUGGUGCCGAUCUUAACGACCUUGUCUCCACCGCAGGCGCCCACGCCAUCAAGCGUUAUCUGGAAAUCCUCAAGUCCAACAGUGGAGAGGAGAUGGAAAUCGAGGGAGAAGACGAGCUUAGCCCCAAGGUCCGCGAACUACGCCGCCUAAUCACACACGCCAGAGAGAACCCCAUUGGCGACGAGAUAGAAACUGUUCUCGUCUCCAAUGCUGACUUCUUUACCGCACUCCCUAAAAUCCAACCCUCAUCCAAACGUGAAGGCUUCGCCACUAUUCCCGAUACUACUUGGGCCGAUAUUGGUGCCCUUGGUGGCGUCCGUGACGAACUUUCCACUGCCAUUGUUGAACCGAUCAGGACGCCCGACAUCUACGAAAAGGUGGGUAUCACUGCCCCCACGGGUGUUCUCCUCUGGGGUCCCCCUGGUUGUGGUAAGACACUGCUGGCCAAGGCCGUCGCCAACGAGUCGCGCGCCAACUUCAUCAGUGUCAAGGGUCCUGAGCUACUGAACAAGUUUGUUGGUGAAUCCGAACGCGCUGUUCGCCAGGUCUUUGUUCGCGCCCGCUCCUCUGUCCCUUGCGUCAUCUUCUUCGAUGAAUUAGAUGCCCUUGUGCCUCGCCGUGACGAUACACUGUCCGAAGCCUCGGCCCGUGUUGUCAACACCCUUCUUACUGAGCUUGACGGUUUGGGUACCAGACAAGGUAUCUAUGUCAUCGCAGCCACCAACCGUCCUGACAUUAUUGACCCUGCCAUGCUGCGUCCCGGCCGUCUCGAGACCCUGCUCUUCGUUAACCUCCCCACGGCACUUGAGCGUGUCGAGAUUCUCCAGACUCUCAUCCGGAAAUUGCCCAUCGAAUUCAACGACGAUCUACGCAGACUUGCUGAGGAGUGUGAGGGCUUCAGCGGUGCUGAUUUGGGCAGUCUGUUGCGUCGUGCUGGUUACAUGGCUAUCAAGCGUCGUGACAGCAUUAGAUUCGAGGACUUUGCUGCCGCGAAGACCUUCGUUCGGCCCAGUGUUACGGAUAUGAAGAAGUAUGAAAAGUUACGUAGAGACUGGAGCGGCGGCGUGGUCUGA